AUGGAGACAGGUCAAAAAGCGACGAUUGGCGUGCUGGCGCUGCAGGGAGCCUUCCAGGAUCACAUCAAGUCUUUCCAGCGUCUCGGCUACGGCCCCAGUCUUCGCCUCGCGCAGGCAAAUUUGGACGAGGUCGAUGCGCUGGUCAUCCCUGGCGGCGAGUCGACCGCCAUGCGCAUCAUCGCAGGCGAGGAAAUGAUGAGUGCGCUGAAGGCCUUCGUCCACGAAAAGAGAAAGCCCGUAUGGGGCACGUGCGCAGGAUGCAUUCUGUUGUCUGACUCGGUCUGCCGCCUGGAGCCGGAGGAGGCAUCGGGCGCCACGAAACUCGUCGAGAAGCAGAGCAACGACGGAUACGGCGACUUCAUUGGAGGCGUCGGCGUGAAGACCUGCCGCAACUUCUUCGGCCGACAAGCGGACAGCUUCGAAGCGCCGCUGCGCGCGGAGGGCCGCCUGCAGCGCGUGGCGCCGGACAUGACGGCGGUCUGCAUCCGCGCGCCGGCGAUCCUCGAGGUGCUUUCUCCCGAGACUGAGGUUCUCGCCUUCGUCGACUUGCCCGACCGCGACGUCACAGUCACUGCAGCUGUCGCGCAGGGGCCGUUGCUGCUGACGAUUUUCCAUCCGGAGCUGACGGCGGACACGCGCCUGCAUAGGUUUUUCGUCUCGGAGUUCGUGCUCCCCAGCCUGGCGGCCGCUGAGGCUGCCGCCCUGCAGGCGAUCAAGCGCGAGAGUCUGCCCAACGCGGCUGUCGCCCGCGAGGCGCCGCAGGAGCCCCGGGCGCGCUGA